UCUGCGGAUGGUCGUCCAUUUGUCACCCUGGUCUUUGACCACAGAACUCAUCACUCGCCCCCAAGCCUAAUCCAAUCCGCACCAUGCCACGCCACGCCACGCCAUGCCAUGCUAUGCUAUGCUAUGCGAUGUUGCUUCGCAGCUUCAGUCUUCUCCCUUUUGAGAAGAAGCGAGUCCGGCGAGAUUGCCCACGCGCCAGCGGAAGAGGCCCAGCCCGAGUGUGUCUGUUUCCCGUUCGCCCUUUGGACCGCUCCAGAUUACAACUGCUGGCAUUUUGGGGGCGACAGCCGCUGCAAAGUCGACUGGAAUCAUGCUCUUGAGCCGAACACUCUGUGGUCCCUCACGGCCGGAAUGGUCAGAUGGGAAAUGUCACUAUCGCCAUGUUGUUCUCUUCGCUGGAAGCACACGCCCGGCCCGUAUGGCAUAGGGCCACCCUGAAUUGCCCAUGGAGAGAGCCAGCUCUUCACAGGUACACGCCAUCUUCAUCUCGUCUGUCGCAGCUUGGGCAGUCUGGGGUCUCACAUUGCGAGUAUCCCCUUUGCGGCUCGGCGCUUGCCCCCGUGCCACUGGGGCUGCCCUAAGCGGAGCAGGCAUUCUACUUAAACUUUCUG